AAUUGGGCGACCAAUAUGAGUAAACAAACAAAAACAGAGCAGAGACGAAAGUUUUGAAUCGUAAAAAAACCUUUCCGUCUUCUCUAUUUCUCCUCUCCGAAAUUCACGGCGAGCCUUGCGUCGCUCUUUCACCCCCCGAUAAUAAAUCCCCUGAAUCUUCUCCCAUUGAUUUGUUUCGUUUGGAUCUGAAAGAGAUAUCGUUAUUCUGGAUUUGAAUCUGAAUGGUUUGAUCACUGCAGAGUGUGUGUUUUCGAGGGCCGUUGAUGAAUAUUGCUGUGAAUCUGUUUCCGAGCUUUGCGUAUUCGUUUCUGAGAUUUACAGAUUUGAAUUUCGAUAAGAGAUCUGCGUCGAGGAUAAACCCUAGAUUUAGAUGGGAUAAGGCUGUUCUUCUUCAGCUUAAGGAAGAUAAUAAUAGAUUGAGAGAUGGGUUCGUCACAAGGCUCCACGCUCUCGGCUGAUGUGAUGAGCCUUGUGGAUACGUUGCCUGUUCUUGCUAAAACCCUCAUCGCCGGAGGAGUUGCUGGGGCUGUUGCUAAGACUGCUGUUGCUCCCUUGGAAAGGAUCAAGAUUCUAUUGCAGACUAGAACAAACGACUUCCUUGGCGUGUCCCAGUCGCUAAAGAAGGUGUUACAAUGCGAUGGUCCUCUCGGAUUCUAUAAAGGAAACGGGGCGAGUGUUAUUCGGAUUAUCCCUUAUGCCGCUCUUCAUUACAUGACGUAUGAAGUGUAUCGUGACUGGAUUUUGGAAAAUAAUCUCCCCUUAGGUUCUGGUCCCGUCGUUGAUCUUGUGGCUGGUUCAGCUGCAGGCGGGACAGCGGUUUUGUGCACGUACCCUCUCGAUUUGGCUCGUACUAAGCUAGCUUACCAGGUUUCUGACGCAAGUCAGAGUUUCCGAGGUGGUGCCAAUGGAGUUUACCGUCAACAUGCAUAUUCAGGGAUAAAAGAGGUGCUUUCAAUGGCUUAUAAAGAAGCGGGACCACGUGGGCUAUAUCGGGGCAUAGGUCCAACGCUGAUUGGCAUCCUUCCAUACGCGGGCCUUAAGUUCUACAUAUAUGAGGAAUUGAAAAGACAUGUGCCUGAAGAGCAUCAAAACUCUGUUCGAAUGCAUCUACCUUGUGGAGCUUUAGCUGGUUUAUUUGGCCAGACCUUGACGUACCCAUUGGAUGUUGUUAGGAGACAGAUGCAGGUCGAGAAUCUGCAGCCUAUGACGAGUGAUGGCAGCAACAAACGGUACAAGAACACAUUUGAUGGGCUUAACACUAUUGUUCGAACUCAGGGUUGGAGACAGUUGUUUGCUGGUUUGAGCAUCAACUACAUUAAGAUUGUUCCAUCGGUAGCAAUUGGAUUCACGGUGUACGAGUCAAUGAAGUCAUGGUUACGGAUUCCACCACGAGAGAGAUCAAAACCAGCCUAAGGGCUUUUUGUUCAUUGAUACUCUUAGGGCAGGACGCAGAAGAUAACACUAUUUCUCCUUAGUAUUGAAUCUAGUGAUAGUAUUGUUUGGAUAAAAUUAAGCAAAAAGUUUACACAUUUGUUAUCAAACACACAGAAAUAGGUUGAUUCUUGUGGUUUGCAGCCAAUUAAAAGAUUUCAAUUA